AAAUUCACAUUUCUGCAGAUAUCUGUAGGUCGUAGGCCAGUCACCGGUCUCAGGCUAUGUCUAGAAGGAAGCAAACAGAAUCGGCUGGCAAUUCAUCUACAGCAUCUCGCUUCUCUCCCAAAAAUUCUUUUACCACACUGGGAUUCUCACAUUGGCAUUGGUCCACCCAAGUGGAAAGGCCCAGAAGAACAAGAUAGCCGCUGGUUCGAACCCAUUAAAUGGAAGAACUUCGCUCAUGUGAGCACCGCGCCCAUCGAACAUACUGAUACCAGCAUAGGCGACCUUUCCGGCGUUUACAUAGUUACAGGCGCUCAACUCGGCGUCUGGGAUUUCGGCGCCAAGAGCGUUCUUCACCUCAAACUUCUCUUCUCUAGAGUUCCUGGUUGCACAAUCAGGAGGUCAGUCUGGGAUCAUAGCCCCAAUCCGUCUUCAAUUGCGAUCGCACAGAAACUGGAUGAUGAUUGUACAACCUCAUCGUCUCCUUCGUCAAGCGAGCAGUCUAGUCUUCUUGGUAAGCUGGCGAAGAUUGUGGACACGACGAAGAUGCUGAAGGGGCCUCAGGACUCACCUGGGCACUGGUUAGUUACUGGAGCCAAGCUGGGAGUGGAGAAAGGGAAGAUUGUUAUUCGAUUAAAGUAUUCCUUGUUGAAUUACUGAAGGAUUCUUGUUGUUGUACUUGGUUCAUCUUGGUGAAGCAUAUUCUUUGCACAGGUAACAAGAUGGUUCUUUUGUUUUUGCUGUACAUUAUAUAGAUAGAUUAUCCAUUAAUGGGAUUGGCUUUUGUCUCCUUGGUUCCUUUUUUGCAUUUCAAUUUGAUUUUGUUGCAGCUGAGAAGUUUUCCUCUUGAUGUAUGCAGCACUUUUCAAAUAAGGAGGUAAGUAUCUUGAGGUUAGAGUUUACCUUGUAUGAGAUCUGGUAAUUGAGGAUGGUCUUUCCAUUUUUUGUUCA